AUGCUCGGACGGCGGAAGGUCGCACCGUUCUGUGCGGUUCUCGGUGCUUGGGCCUUAGUGACGUUAUACUUCUUCGGCAAAUCCGGACCACUUCCCACUUCCCAUUCGCUACUGAAAGAGGAUGAGCCGAUCGUUAGGGAUUUGCCUCAUGAACCUCCCGUAAAGUUACAGGACAUAAAUAACGACGAUGAAUACAAGAAGGACCACAAGGUGGCCGAUGAAGAACCCAAGGAAGACGGAAAAGUUGUAGAAGAUCUCAAAGAGGAGAUGAAGGCCGAAGAGGUGGAAAAUGAGGAUCAGCAGAGAGAUAACGUGAUGCCUGCGGUUAUCGUUCCCAUAGAGGAACGGGAACCUGAAGUUGAUCUGGAAAAGCUCGCUAUCGUCAGUUCACCAGAGGAGGAGGAGCAGAAGAAAUUGCUUUUCGAGAAGUAUCAAUUCAAUGGGUUGCUCAGUGAUCGAAUCGGAUAUCGUCGUAAAAUUCCAGACUCGAGGAAUGCGCAAUGCCCACACACGUUCAUGUCGUCGCUGCCAAAGACGAGCAUCAUUGUAUGCUAUUUCAACGAAUCGCCAUCUGUUCUUAUCCGAAUGGUAAAUUCGAUCGUGGAUCGAACUCCACUCGAACUAAUUCAGGAGAUCCUAUUGAUUGAUGACAGCAGCGAAUGGCCUGAGGCAUCACUUCAAGCAGCCGACUACCAGAAGAACCAUCCACAGUGGAAUAUGGUGAAAUUCCUAAGAACACCAUCGAAUCAGGGUCUCAUCCGAGCAAAGGUGUUUGGAGCUCGGAAAGCGCGAGGAGAAGUCUUGGUCUUCCUUGACAGUCACUGCGAGGUCAACCAGGAGUGGCUGCAGCCGUUGUUAGAGCGAAUCAAAGAGAAACCGGAGAGGGUGGUGUGCCCAAUCAUCGACAUCAUCGACUUGGACACCAUGAAAUAUGUGGAGUCACCUGUUUGCAAAGGUGGCCUCAACUGGGGACUCACUUUUAAGUGGGACUAUCCUCCGCACACCUAUUUCGCCGUCGACAAGAAAAAUUUCAUACGACCGCUUAAGUCGGCAACGAUGGCAGGUGGUUUGUUUGCCGUGGAUCGGAGCUACUUUUUUAAGAUCGGCACCUACGAUGAAGGAAUGGACGUGUGGGGAGCGGAAAACGUGGAAAUAUCUUUCAGGAUAUGGAUGUGUGGUGGUGAGCUUGAAAUCAUACCAUGCAGUCGGGUUGGACAUAUUUUCAGACGUAAACGACCCUACGGCCUCGCUUCCGAUUCCAUGGGUAAAAACUCGGUGAGAGCUGCGCGUGUGUGGUUGGAUGAAUACAUCUCGGAAUUCUUCAAAGUACGACCGUAUCUGGCUACGAAGACGGAUUACGGAGACAUAAGCGAUCGGAUACAACUGAGAAAAAACCUACAGUGUAAAUCAUUCAAGUGGUACUUGGAGAACGUAUAUCCAGAGCUGUUGCCGAAUAACAUUCCACAGAAGUUCGACAUCAUCGAAAAACCGCUGGAAUUCGGCAAGAAAUACCAGAUCCGACUGGCCAACUCAACCCACUGCUUGACAGCCGAAUCCUCAAUGGGAAGGAUAUCACGCGGUGCGAGAGUCGAAAUGCGAGUAUGCCAUGGCGAACGCAAUCAGCAAUGGAGAUGGAAUGAAAAUAAUGAAUUCCGUCCAAUGGGUUCGUCACGUCUGUGUCUUGACUCUCUGAAAGGUGUCUCAUUGCUAAAGUGCCACAAUCAAGGUGCACAUCAGGAUUGGAAGCUUACGAAAGAAGGUAAGCUGUACAAUCAGGCGAUAGGGAAGUGCAUCAAGGCGGUUGGCGAAACGAUGGCGUUGGCGGCGCUCCAGUUUUGCUCGUUGGCAAGCAAUUUUGUCAUCGAAGAAGUCGCAGUCGUGUAA